GGGGGCGGUGCGCCGCGGCCGAGACGCGGGGCUGGCGUCCGAGCGACGCUCGCGUCGGGUUUGGACGGCGCGGGAAGCGCUGAGGAGCAAGGGGAGUUUAGGGGCCCCCUGGCCCCCAGCUCCCGCCCCCUCAGGGGUGAUGAAAGCGAGCGCCGACGCUGAGGCGCGCUGGUGCCCAGCGCACGAGACGGCGCGGGGCAGAGCGUCCGAGCGGGAGCCCCGCGCGACCCUCGGCGGCGCUGCCCGCUCCCGCGCCAUGCAUUGCGAGGUGGCCGAGGCACUCUCGGACAAGAGGCCCAAGGAGGCCCCCGGUGCGCCCGGCCGCGGGCCCGCCGGCCUCGGCGCGCACAUGGCCUUCAGGGUCCCCGCGAGCGGCGGCGGCAGCAGCGGCGGCUGCGGCGAUGGGGGCCCGCGGGACCUGAUGCCCCGGCCGCCUGCGCCACCGCCGCGUGCCCACGACCUCCUCCGGGCGCGGAGCCCCAGAGACUACGGCCCGUCCAAGGCCGCCGCCGCCGGGAAGGUGAAUGGGAGCUUCAGCCACUGUGCCCCAGCCUCAGAGAAGAGCCUGCUGGACCUGGACCUUGCUGAGGGCCCUGGCCCCACCUGCCGCCAGGGCCUCUUUCUCCCUGUGGGUUCGCCCCCACCCCGGGGCCACCCCCCUGCCUGUGAGAGGCUGCUGCAUUUCCCCCACCCCAACAGGUCACCCAGACCCCAGGCUGCGUAUGUGAACGGCGGUCUCCCGACCACACAACACAUCAAGCAAGAGUCCCUGCCUGACUUCCAGGCCAUGGCAGAGGCCCGCAUGCCCCUGUCCACCCACUGCCGGGCCCCACCAGCCACCGGCUUGCACACAGACCUGGACCUCCAGGGCCAAGGCCUCGCCAAUCCUGCACCUUCCUGCUACCUUCUGGGCAACGAGCCCAGCUCUGGCCUGGGCCCCCAGCCUGAGGCCCACCUUCCUGAGGGCAGCCUGAAGCGCUGCUGCCUCUUGGGCCUGCCCUCCACCUCGUUGGCCUCCUCCUCCUCCUGUGCCUCCCCCGAGGUCAGCCCCAUCAUCCACUCCUCCCAGACGGCUCUGGUCACCUGUGUAAAUGGACUUCGAAGCCCCCCACUGCCAGGAGACCUGGGGGGCCCUCCCAAGCGGGCCCGGCCAGGCCCUGUGUCCACUGAGAGCCACGAGGGCAGCUUGCAACUCGAACGCUGCCGAAAGCAAGGCUUCCUGAAGCAGGAGCCCACGGACGAGUUCUCAGAGCUCUUCAGACCUCACCAGCAGGGCCUGCCACCCCCAUACCCUCUGCCUCAGUUGCCACCCGGCCCAGGCCUUGGGGGCCUGGGGCUGGGCCUGGCAGGCAGAGUGGUGGCGGGGCGACAGGCAUGCCGUUGGGUGGACUGCUGUGCGGCCUACGAACAGCAGGAGGAGCUGGUGCGGCACAUCGAGAAGAGCCAUAUAGACCAGCGCAAGGGCGAAGACUUCACCUGCUUCUGGGCCGGCUGCGUGCGUCGCUACAAGCCCUUCAAUGCCCGCUACAAGCUGCUCAUCCACAUGAGGGUGCACUCAGGCGAGAAGCCCAACAAGUGCAUGUUUGAAGGCUGCAGCAAAGCCUUUUCACGGCUGGAAAACCUCAAGAUCCACCUGCGGAGCCACACGGGCGAGAAGCCGUACCUGUGCCAGCACCCGGGCUGCCAGAAAGCCUUCAGCAACUCCAGCGACCGCGCCAAGCACCAGCGCACUCACCUCGACACGAAGCCGUAUGCCUGCCAGAUCCCUGGCUGCUCCAAGCGCUACACAGACCCCAGCUCCCUCCGCAAGCACGUGAAGGCACACUCGGCCAAAGAACAACAGGUGCGUGAGAAGCUGCACGCGGGCCCUGAUACCGAGGCCGAUGUCCUGGCUGAGUGCCUGGCCCUGCAGCAGCUCCAGGCGUCCACACAGCUGACCACCGGUGAUGGGAAGGGCGGCCGUGCCCUGGGCCAGGAACUGCUUCCAGGUGUGUAUCCUGGCACCAUCACUCCUCAUAAUGGGCUCGCUCCAGGCAUCCUGUCCCCCACGCACGAGGGCCCUCCCAGGCAUCACCCGCUGGAUGCCACUGCCGGUUCCCACCACCAUCUUUCGCCUCUGCCUGCAGCUGAGGGCACCAGGGAUGGGUUGGGGCCCAGCCUGCUUUCGCCCAUGGUGAGCCCACUGAAGGGACUCGGGCCCGUGGCCUCCCAGAGCCGUUCUCCAGGGGGCCAGUCCUUCUCUACGCUGCCCAGCAAGCCGUCCUACCCACCCUUCCAGAGCCCUGCGCCCGCACCUCUGCCCAGCCCGCAAGGCUACCAGGGCAGUUUCCACUCCAUCCAGAAUUGCUUCCCCUAUGGCGACUGCUACCGGACAACCGAGCUGGCCACCAGUGGGGAUGCACUCACCGGGGAGGCCCAUGGUUUCACAGCUCUGCGACCCAAUGGCUACCACAGCCUCACUGCACCUUUACCUGCCACAGGCUAUGAGGCCCUGGCUGAGGCGCCGUGUCCCACGGUGCUGCCACCGCAGCCGACUGAAGAGGUGGUGUCCGGCGGCCCCGAGGACUGCGGCUUCUUCCCCAACGGGGCCUUUGACCACUGCCUCAGUCACAUCCCCUCCAUCUACACAGACACCUGAAGCAAGUCCACACCGCACCUGCCUGCCGUCUCCGCAGACGCUGCUCAUCCCCUUGCCGCCCGCCCCUCCCUCUGCACCCCGGGCCGCAGACGCCGGGGUGCUGGGUGCCGCGGUGGCCGCCGGCGCUGCCCAGGCAGCAGUUGUGGUGCCCAAGCCAGGCGCUCAGGGUCUGUGACCCUGCGACAGUCCCUGGAUCGUGUCUCCCAGUUUCUCUCCCUCGGUUUUGAGAUGACAGACCUCGUGUAUAUAAAAUGUACAGGAUGUGUUUUCCAUUCUCCUGCCAGUUUUAUAUUUUUGGUUUUACAAGAAAAACAUUAAAAACUGGAAACGAGGGGCCCGGCCCUGCCUUGUGAUUCAGCCGAGAGAGGCUCCGAGGAGUGCGCCAACAGGAGCCGGCACCCGGGGCUCGGGGCAGCAUGGGAGCCAGGGGGAGGGGCCAGGGUCACAAGGCACCCACCAUGCUUGCUGGGCGCAGGGCAUCACUGCGAGAUGGGCCCCCUGCACACAGGUGAGCGAUGGCAGCGCGGGAGGCACUCCUUGGCCGGCCCCGGGGUCCACAGUCAGACAGGAAUGGGAGCCCAGCUCCAGGCAACACAGGCCUCAAGGCAGGGGCGAGAGAGCAUCCUGCAUCCAGCCAGGACCCUGCCCACCCUGCGGGCUGAGGGCCAGGAGGAGGCGAGCAGUCGACUCUGGGAGUACCGAGGCUCUCUGGGGCCGCCCCACCCCGCCUGCCCCCCUCUCUCCCGUGACCACCUGGGCAGGGGACACAGACAGUGUCCUGCCGCUCCCUUGUGUCACCCACAAGGGAAAUUCCUGCCUCGCCACGGCCGAAACGGGUGCAGUGAAGGGAGGCCGGGCUUACUGCACGCCAGGCGCUCCCCUGCCUUUCUGGAAACAUCCCCAGAGAGGGCCUCCUUGUUCCCCUCUGUAGGUGGGGAGGAGCAGCCAGGAUUCACACCCGGCAGCGGUCACCCCUGGACCGCACAGUUGGCUUCAGUGGGCAAAGCAAGAGAUCCAGCCAAUCCCCUUCUUUGUAGAGGGGACACUGGGGUCACAGAAGUCACUCGGCCAAGCACACAGACCUGUGAUGCGUGCCUGGGCCCUCCCCGUCUCCUCCAUCCCCAUCUCCUCCGUCACCUGCCCACGUGGGUGCCGCUCGGUGCUCCUGGCUCCUCCCAAGACCCAGCUGAGGAGGUGGCACCCCGGGGUGUGCUCCACCUGCUGUGUCCAGGGCUGACGUGGCUGCCUGGCACCCAGGUUCCUGGCUGGCUGCGGCCAAUGAGGAGCCCACCUUGGGAGGGAAGAUGGUAGGGAAGGUGCCCUGGGCGGCUGUGUCCUCCGCUGAAGGUUUUGGCUCUGGUCGGCCGCCAUCCGCACAGCCGCCUCUCCCAGGUGGGGCAGGGGACAGGCUCCCUGUGUUAGGGAAGGCGGGGCUCUGCGCCAUCCCUCGUGCUCUGGCCUGGCUGCUGCUGUUGCGGUGCAGCCCUUGGCUGGGCUUGGCCCAGGUGCUGACCUCCCUGCAAGAAAAAAUUCAAGGAAGCCCCAUAGACACGGGAGAGCAGGGAGGGUUUGAAGGCCCAGGGAGAGGCCACACCAGGAGCUGUGGAGACAAGCAGUUCAGGAAGCCUGGGUGCUGCUUUCACAGGAUAGGGGGUGGAGUUUAUGGAGUGGCUUGAGUACCACCCCUUUCCAUGCCCUUGUGUGGAAAUCUGGAGUCAGGUGCAUGAUGGGCAUUUCUGUGCCAGUCAUGGUAAUUUUAUUAUAAUGACCUAAAGGUCACCAUGGGAGCCCAGCCUACUGCGGUAUUGACUGUUUCUUGCCAGUACAUGGAAGAGGGUGGGGUUCGGGCCGUGCAUGGGGGCCGCCCUCAGCUCCCCUGCGCUCGCUACCUCCCUUCCUACAGUGAUGCUUACCCCGUUAUAGGUGGUGAUUUAAGGGCUUGCUCCUGGGAGCCGAGGCUCAACGUCGGUGUUCUCAGGCACCAGAGCCCACACCCAUCCUCUGCACCUGCCUGACCCUGCAGGUCCCGCCUACCCCUGCCCCAGUGGGCCUAGAGCGCCGUCGCUCAGCCUGCUGCGCCCCCGCCCACACCGCAGGGCUGCUCCAGUGCAGAUCCCGCCUGUCUUCUGCUCCACAGAAGCCGCUCAGCCCCACGCAGGGAGGACUCUUGUCUGUUAAUAAUGCAAGGACUGAGCUGCGAGCACACACAGGAGCUGGCGGUUGGAUCCUAGUUAAUUGCAGGAGCAGGAGAGGGAG